AUGGAAGAAGAGUUCUCAAGAUCUUCGAUCGGGGACGACGAAGAAUUUGACGAAAAUUUGGAGGACGGCGAAGAUUGUGAAGGUUUUUUUAGUGAACCUAUUUUCACGUUUAAAAAUAGAAAUCUCAUCUUGUAAUAAAAAUAAUAACUGUCUCUCUCAGCAACCAUCGACGAAGAAGAACUGCUCGAAGAUGGAGAAGAUUAUGCCGAUGAGUUGAAAGGUUUUUAAAGUUUAUUGGUUUUGCUAUCGAUAUUUCUUUCUUAGACCUUGAAGACGAAGGCGAAAUGACAUUAGAAGACCUCAGAAGAAAAUAUGGAGUUGGUGACGAAUGUGACAACGGAGAUUAUAAAGACGCUCCGCAGGUUUCACUUAAUUACGUCUAUUCCAGCAAAGUAAUACAAAAAAAACAUUCUCAUGUGUGAAGUUGGAAUAAUCUUUUUUUUAAACUUCUCAUUCAAUGGUGGUAUGAAACAAAGACCAGCGAAAAUUCGAAUGGCGACUUUUCCGAUUUUUUCAUAUCGCUAGGGAACUUUCCGACGGCCACCUUUCCGACGAAUCUUUUUCCGACAUUUUUUCUCGAUAAACUCUUCGUUUUGAAACAGCCUAUAUAAAGUAGGUAAUUGGUUCAUGAUUAAAACACAAAGAAAUAGGAAAAAAAAAUGUUUAUAGAUGUUUUAUAAACCGAAAAAUAUAAAGGAAAAAAGUCGGAAAGGGAUUUGGCGGAAAGGUGGCCGUCGGAAAGUUCCCUAGCGAUAUGAAAAAAUCGGAAAAGUCGCCGUUUGAAUUUUCGCUGGUCUUUUUUUCAUACCACCCAUUCAAUAAAUACAAAUGUUUCAUAAUUCUUAUCAUUUUUUUUAGAAAAAGUAGGAUCGUUAAUUUUUAAAAUUUUUACCUAGCUUUUUUUUCAGUAUGUCAGUUCGUUAUUUAACAGUUACUUUUAGAUUAGUCAUGGAACAGUUAUGAUCAGAGAGAUGCGUUAACUAAAAAUGAAUUAGAUUGAAACCCCCAAGCUUCAGUUAACAUGCGAAAUGUACCUAAAUUGAAUUUUACAUUGAUCAAAAACAGUUUUGUUUGUUGCAGACGUCUUCAGAAACCAAUGUCCAAGGGCCUUCUUCGUUACCCAACGAACUCAGCUACCUGGACGAAAUGGCCAACUCUUUGAGUGGAAAUGAAGACGAAGAUGGCGAUUAUGCUCCGCCCGACCUCUGGAGACGACAGGUUUUUAUCGUUGAGAAAAAGAGCAACAGAAAAAAAAAAUUAGCUAUCGAAAACUUUUAUUGUUGAAUUUUUUAUCAAUUUAAAAGACUCUAUAAUUUUUCGCGUUUUUUGAAAUUUAAAGCGUUUGGGACCUCUUUCCUUUUCAAUGAGAAGCGGAAUAUAAGAAAUUGCUCCAAAACAACCUUUUUUUCUGGUUGAGACCUUUUUUACAGGUGCGUGUGAAUGCGGAAUUGUACCAAGCGGAAAUUCCUGAUCUUCUGGCGAAAGAUGAUCAAGGUCGGUUUUAUUACAAGGUGAACUUUCCCGUUUUUAAGCCAAAUGAAAUUAUUCUUUACCAAAUUUUCCAAUAUUUAUAUCUAGUGAUAUGAGGCCCUUUCACAGCAAGUACAACAAAAUCAAGAAAGAAAACUAUUCCGAUAUGAAUUUUGGGCGAAGACGAAAAUUAUGAAAGAAAAUAUAGGAAUGAACAAGAAAACUGAACUAUUUCUCAAAGAGAUUUCGUGGAAUUGUGAAUUUGCAGCGAAUUACUUGACGCCGGACGAAGCGAAAGCUCUUCUACUGUGGUCGAAUCCGGGAAACGAGAAGAUGACGAGCGAUCAAAUAGACGAAUAUCUUCGAGACGUCGUCGCUCUGCGUAUCGAGCACGAACAGUCGUUUCCUGAGAAGGCCAACCGGGUCUGUCAGCUUUUGUCCAGGCUUUUUGGCUGAAAAGUGUGAUUUUGAAAGCUGUGACGGUCUUUAAAUGUGAGAUGCUCUCUUUUUUCCAUUUUAUCUGUCUUCUGUCGGAUCACUGAAUCCAAAGCAGAAUAUUCAAUUUUUAAAAAAACAAUUUUAAAAAAAUCUUUAAAAAAAGGGGGAUUAAACGGAGCUGUCUUUCCUUACUUUGCACAAAAAUCAUUUCCCUUAUGUUAUCAUUCAAAAUCUUUUUUUCGGAAAAAUUUGCGCAGGUUUUCUGACGAUUUCAAAGAAAUGUUUGAAUUUUUAGUAAGGUUCUUCAAACGAAUAACUAAGUUUUCGCCAAGUUGCUAACUUUUGAAAUUUUUUUUAUAAGGUCUAGAGUCUUGACGUGUUUGUUAAAAAAUUUAAAAAAAGUUCGUACUUGAAAUUGAAUUUUUUUCAGAAUCGUGAUGAUGAAGAUGCAUUGUGCGCUUUGUUGCGUAACGACUUUGACGUUAAAAAAGCCAAAGUAAGAUAUUAUCGACUUUUUAUGGAGAAUUUGUCAAUUCCACUGUCUUUGAAAUAUUUGCGCAUUUCAAUCUUUUUUUUUUUUCUUCUCGAAUUAUGUUUUAAUGAACGAAGAUCUUUGCUGGUUGUUCAGCAUAAAUUGUAUUUUCGGAACCAUCCGCGAAAAUUCAUCAUUGCUGCAGAUAUUAUGAAAAAACCAACUAGGGAACAUAACUUUUACCUGAAUAGUUUUGAGUUUCUAAAUGCUCUCAUCGAGAAUUUUUUCAAUUCAGAACCAUUUGUUUUCUUCUUCAUGAAGAAAGAGUCAAUUACUUCAGGAAGCAUUUCCUUUCCCUUGCGUAAACGCCCCCGUCCGUUCCGUUCGAAGUGACGCGCUUGCUUGGGACGAGAACGAGUGCAAACUGUUCGAAAAGUCGUUGGAGCAGUUCGGCAAAGACUUCUCUACCAUCCGUCGUCACGUUGUUCGUCUCUCUUCUUUAUAUUUCUUCGUUUCAUUUUCCUCAAAAAACGGCAUUUGACUGUUUCACGGCUUUUUUUUUAGAAUAUCGAUCAUUCGAAUAAUGAAAUUAUUUUAAUUUUUUCAUUUUAUGGAUCAAUUACAGUUUCCCUAUCGACACGUGGGCGAAAUUGUCGAGCACUACUACAGAUGGAAGCUCACGAUCGAGUUUGUUUCGCUUCUUACUAAUUUUUCAAAGACAUUUUGAACCUUUCCAAUAAUUUACGCCGAAAGUGUAGAAAAUGUAAGAAUCGGCCCGACCUUCGAAGCCAGAAAAUGUCUCGAAAAAUUUUUCACGCUGUGAGUGUAAUUAGAUCUCAAGGUAAAAAAAUUUUGAACAUUUCCCUCCCUUUUCAGUCUCUUCUGGCUCCAGAUUUCAUUCAAUUUAAUUUCGCUCUCAUAAUAAUUUUCAUUUUUCUUUCCGACUACGACUAUGAACUUAGGAGUCAAUCACCAAAACCACUGACAAGAAACGUUGACUGUCUUUGAGACUUUUCGAAAUUCACAUGAUACAUUUAAUGGGAGCUCUGAAAGGCUUGCAUGAUAAUUCUAGUUUUAAAGAAUCGACGGAUCGUAAGGCUCCGUGGUGUACCAAAUGUACAUGAACGGAGCAGUGUUAACUUAAUGGUUUUUUUAAAUGAAAUAGAAUGAAUAGCGGAUGCAUUCAACUGCUUCCUGUCGUUAUGAUUCGUUCCGAUGAAGCUCAAAGUCAAAUUAGAAAACCCUUUCUUGUUGUAGCAGCCCAUAAACAAUGAUGUGUUCAGCUACAAAGUGUGGAGACUCGAGCAUCCUCACUCGGCGACGACGUCCUCUCACCUGCACUACGACCACUGGCAGCAGGUGACCGUCGCCGCACGCACCUCGGAGAACGAUCAGAAGCCUUCCGAGCCGACCCCCACCGUCACCCACUGA